AUGUCUCUUGAUCCAUCUAAGAUUUCAGAUCCUCCAAUGCCAUCCUAUACUUUUACUCUUUACAACCGCGAUGUAUUAGAAAAAUCAAAGUUCAAGGACUACGACUCAUUACUUACAAGUAGGCUUGCUCGAUGUCAUGCUAGAGCAAGUUAUUUAUCUUCAUUUUUUGAAGAUGAUAACAACAUUAAAGAAGGUGCAAAUCUCACAUGGCAAGACGAUGCACAAGGAGGUAAGAUUCGCGAAAAAGUCCCAAAAACAACAGGUACCUACUACGCGAAUGGUGAGUAUGUUGCAUCUUUUUUGCUAGGCAGUGACGAAGUCAGAAGUUUCUUGCUAAUAGAUAGUGGAAGUGAUUUAGUUUGGUGGCAAUGUGGACCAUGUGAGGCAAAUAAGUGUUACAAACAAAAUCAGCCUCUAUAUGAUUCUACUACUUCCAAAACUUUCCGAAAAGUCGAUUGCAUUCGACGUGGUUCAAGUUGCAUGAUUGAGGAUCCAACUUUACGCUGUGACCAAAAUAGUCGUGAGUGUAGGUAUAAUUUUACAUAUACGGAUGGAUCAAGAACAAAAGGUUUUUUGGCAGAUGAUGUGAUUACUUUUGUUUUAGAUCAAAGACCAGUUAGGGUUACAUUUGGAUGUGGCAAAGAUCAAAUCGGUGAAAGAAACUUCACUGGUACAUAUUCUGGGAUUGCUGGCCUCGGACGUAGAGUAAACUCACUAAAAGUAGGUGGAUAUUCUUUACCAUCACAAUUUGGGGCUAGCCUAUUUUCCAUGUGUUUACCAAGUUUUUAUUCAAGAAAGGGAUCUACAAUUAGUUUCCAUAAAACUCCGUGGCCUAGAGCAACAUCAGCAAAAUUAUUACCAAAUUAUAGGUACCCAACACUUCAUUUUGUAAACCUUUAUAAAGUUUUUAUUAAUGAUAAGGCAGUCCCGGUUAAGCCAUCAUGGUGGCGUUUCAAAAGAGAUAUGAGUGGUGGAGUCGUCUUGGAUACAGGCACAACAUUUACCCGUUUUCCAAAUGAUUUUUAUGUCAUAUUUCGUUACUGUAUUGGGUGA